GCGGCGCCCAGGCGGUGAGGGGAGAGCGGCGCAGCAGCCGCGGCCAUGAGCGCCGCCCGCAGCUGCCGCCCGCCCCGGGCGCUCGCAGGAUUAUUUGUGUGGCAUCUGAGGAGCGCUGGUGCACGGCAGAUACCAUGCCGGUUUGUGCACCUUUGCCAUGUGGCCAGCAACAAAUUGAUUACGUUUCAGUACUUCAACUUUCUCAAACGAAUGUAUGUAACACAGUGCAACAAAGACCUCAGUCAACGAGCCAAGCCCAAGUCCGAUUCAAUUGUGUCUCCUUUUCAUGACCUUCAGCAACUGGAUCAGGAAAAAAAGGUUGUACACAAAAUUAGCUCAGCUUCACCUGUUCCUCAGUCGUGGUCUGAGAUGUCAAGCAGAAAUGAGUUGAGAGAAGUGAAAUCAGCUGCAGAAACUGAAGACUCAGUCAUACCAGGGGGAGCUGAAUCCAAGGAAGACAGACAAUGGAAAGAAAUGAAGCUACGGCUGGAUGAUUUGCCAGGAAUUUUGGCACGCUUGUCCAAAAUCAAGCUUACAGCUCUGGUUGUCAGCACCGCGUCCGCUGGCUUUGCCAUGGCCCCAGUCCCUUUUGAGCUCACCUGUUUCCUGCUCGCCUCCCUUGGAACUGGCCUGGCAUCCUGUGCUGCCAACUCCAUCAAUCAGAAUCUCAGGAUGGUUUGGGUUGGAAUGCACCAUAAAGCUCAUCCAGUUUUACCCCCUGCCAUGGUGGGGGACACCUCCGCCUAUCCCAGGUUGCUCCCAGCCCCAUCCAACCUGGCCUUGGACACUUUCAGGGAUGGGGUAGCUACAGCUUCUCUGGGCACCCUGUGCCAGGGCCUGCUCACCCUCACAGAGAAGGAUUUUUUCCUCAUAUCCCAGUUCUUUGAGGUUCCAUUUGACUCAAAUAUGAACAGGACUAAAAACAGACCACUGGUGCGAGGACAGAUCAGCCCCCUGCUCGCUGUCUGCUUUGCUGCCUGCUGUGGAAUCCCGGGAGUUGCCCUGCUCACACUGGGAGUGAACCCUCUCACCGGGGCCCUGGGCGCCUUCAACAUCUUCCUCUACACGUGCUGUUACACGCCCCUGAAGAGAAUGAGCAUUGCCAACACGUGGGUGGGAGCUGUUGUCGGCGCCAUUCCCCCCGUCAUGGGCUGGACUGCAGCUACUGGGAGUCUGGAUGCUGGUGCAUUACUGUUGGGAGGGAUCCUCUAUUCCUGGCAGUUCCCUCACUUCAAUGCCCUCAGCUGGGGUCUGCGGGAAGAUUACUCGCGAGGAGGAUACUGCAUGAUGUCUGUCACUCACCCAGGGCUGUGCCGGCGGGUGGCUCUGCGGCACUGCUUGGCCUUAAUUGGACUCUCAGCGGUGGCUCCUGUCCUCAACAUCACCACGUGGACUUUCCCCAUCAUUUCGCUCCCCAUCAACCUCUACAUCUCCUACCUCGGCUUUCGGUUCUACAGGGAUGCUGACCGCAGCAGCUCCAGGAAGCUCUUCUUCUGCAGUUUGUGGCACUUGCCAUUGCUGCUGCUUGUCAUGUUCACCUGCAAGAAGUCGGUCCUGGAGAAGGAAGACAAAGGCGAACUACACGGGGGAAGUCAUGAGAUGGCUAUUGAAAUUAGAUUGCCUUAAAUGUCAAUACCUGUCAUUCUCAUGACAUAUCAGGUAGUAUAUUUUAGUGAUUGCAAGGGGGAAUCCUGUGGGAAUCUGUUUGAAGAAGAAUCAUUGUGCCUAGCGACCACUUCAUGUGAUAAUUUCGGGGGUUUUUUUUGUUUUAAAGGGAAUAGUCAGGAGAGCUUAAAGCAUUCAGGGUCUUAGGCCCCUUAAUUCAUCACAGGUUAUGAUUUAGUCUAUGCCAGAAGCACAUCACUUUGGGAUGGCUUUCCAAAGUCAUGGUCUCUGUCCUCAUGGGUAGUUGAGGUGAUAAGUUAGGAAGUCACAUGCGCACACGUGCUGCCUUUAGCACUGGCAGCCUUGGUGAAGCCAUCAGGAAGUGACCAAUGAAUGAUUUCUCACCUUCUCACCUUUCUCCCCAAGCACCCUUUCCUUUAAUUUAAUCUUUGAAGAAUAUGAGAGGGUGAACUCUUCUCUGAAUCUGUGCCAUCCCUGCACUGGUAUUACACCAAAGCCCUCAGUUUUGGGGUUUUUUUAAAUAAGCUGCUCCUCCCAAGGUUCCCAUUCACCUCAGUAGAUUUUUAGCUCUCAUACACCUGGCACAGUGCUAAAGGAGUGAAGAAAACUGUCUUUCAGCACAACACACACAAGCAUUUGAACAGCUCUCCUGUCGCAUAUCCCUUGGACACACUGAGCCAUUCUACUGUAUUCCAUCACAGGGAACUUCUGACUCCCAUGUGGUUUUAUGUCAUUAGUGUUUGAGCCCUGUGUGUCAGAUCUUCAGCUGGUAACAACCACCAUCACUGUUUAUGGCAGAGAGGCUGUGAGUAGUGGGGGAGGUGAGAGCUGGGUGGUUGUAAGGCUUUUCCAUGUUAAUGUGUCUUAUGCCAGCCCAUUGAGUCUCAGCAUCCUUAGACAAGCUCUGGACUGGCACCAAGAGCUUGGGCUGUGUUUAAUGUCACAGUGUGGGUGGAGGCUCGGAAGAGCUUCGCUUUGGGGGUGAUUAAUAGGUAAAGAAACACAUUUUACAGAAAAAGGGCUGGGGAUUUUAAUCUAACAGAAUGUUCACUUGCUGAUGCAGCCAGUGUCUCGCCGAAGCAAUUAUUGUGGAUGGUCUCCCGAGAAGAGUGCAUUACCCCUGUUAAAUGAUACACUGAAGAACAUUUCUGGUCACAGUUUAACAUGCUUUUGAUCCUGCUGCUCAGCUGUGGCUCACCCUCAUCUUGCCUGGAGCUGACUGUGACCUCCUGGUGUGCUCCCAAACACAGCAACAUCGGGGGCAGACAGAGACAGUGGUGAUAGUUUAUUGUGGUAGUGCCUGUUAUGACUUGAUGUGUUUUCAUGCCAAGAUUUCUUUCCCAUGUGGAGAGGGACUGGGCAGCAGGAUGAGCACUGAUCCAAAGAUACAGCAGUACCUGGAAAGGAAGACACUGUCUCGAGCUUGUUCUCAAAUAAAGCCCCUCAGGAAAAGUCACAAAUCUUUCAUCACAUGUGUGUCACACUGACAUAAAACCUUCCCUGGCUGCUCUCAUGGACCAAGCCUGGCUCUUGGUCUCAGUUAUGCUGGUGUACCUCAGGAGUGACACAGUUUAACCUCUGUUUUCUGGCAGAGGUGCUUGCAGGAGCAGGGCCACCUGUUUCCAUGGCUCUUAAACAAUUGCCUGCAAGAUUUGGUGACUUGAGUGAUUGCAGGUGACAAGAUGGAGCUCCCUCACUGUCUGACAGCCUCCAUUGUGCUCUACUUACUGUGGGGUACACUUUGUGGAACUGUAUGGAAACUGUGCAACUCCUGAAUUUGUUUUAAAAAUGCACCCAGUCUUCUCUGCAAUAAAGUGCAUACUGUCCAAAAA